UCGGUGGGUCUGGAGAGGUGCUGACAGGGUUGGGCCGCCGCUCGGCUCUCCCAGCCUCACCCCUCCCCCUCGCCCGGCACAGGUGGCUGGAGCGCGCCCCGCCCCCGCCAGCCACGGGUGGAGCGUGCGAGGGCGGAUCCCAGACGGUCGCCGCCUGCUGCGAGCGGGCGCGAGCGAAGGCUGGUUCUGGACGGCCGGGCGAGAAGUCCGGCGGUAGCGGUAGCGUAUCGUGGCGGCCAAAAAAAUGCUUCUGAACCGAGGGCCCCCUGUAGGCCCUGGCGUGCCGGGCAGCGGGCUGCCCCAGCCGGGCGGGGUCCCUCAAGGCUUUGGGAUCCGCCUGAGCACGAUGAGCCCCCGCUAUCUACAGAGCAACUCCAACAGCCACACGCGACCCUUUGGUGCCAUCGCGGAGCUGCUAGAUAAUGCUGUAGAUCCAGAUGUUUCUGCCAGGACAGUCUUUAUAGAUGUUGAGAAGAUCAAUAAUAAAUCUUGUUUGACCUUUACUGAUGACGGAUGUGGGAUGACACCUCUUAAACUACACCGAAUGCUCAGCUUUGGCUUUACAGAUAAAGUAGAAAAGAAGAGCCAGUGUCCCAUUGGGGUCUUUGGUAAUGGUUUCAAGUCAGGCUCCAUGCGGCUGGGAAAGGACACUCUUGUCUUCACCAAGAAUGGGUGUUAUCUCACUGUUGGACUCCUAUCACAGUCCUAUCUGGAAUGCAUCCAGGCCCAGGCAGUUAUUGUGCCAAUUGUUCCAUUCAGCCAGGAAAGCAAAAAAAUGAUUGUUACUGAGGAUUCCUGGCCCAGCCUAGAAGCCAUCUUGAAACAUUCAAUUUUCAAAAAAGAAAAUGACCUGCUGUCCCAGUUUGAUGCCAUCACAGGCAAAAAAGGCACCCGUAUUCUCAUUUGGAACAUCCGCAGAAAUAAAGAUGGAAAGUCUGAGUUGGAUUUUGAUACCGAUCAAUAUGACAUUCUGGUGUCAGACUUUGGCACAGAAGAGAAGGAGACUGGUGGUGUUACCUCUGAGCUGCCAGAAACAGAGUAUUCUUUACGGGCAUUUUGUGGUAUUCUAUAUAUGAAGCCACGAAUGAAAAUUUUUCUGCGUCAGAAGAAAGUGACUACUGAGAUGAUUGCUAAGAGCCUGGCCGAUGUAGGAUAUGAUCUGUAUAAACCUACCUUCACAAAUAAGCAGGUGAAAAUAACUUUUGGGUUCUCUUGCAAGAAAAAUAACCAGUUUGGAGUAAUGAUGUAUCAUAACAACCGACUCAUAAGAUCUUUUGAGAAGGUGGGAUGCCAGGUGAAGCCAACUCGUGGAGAAGGUGUAGGAGUAAUUGGAGUCAUUGAGUGCAAUUUCUUAAAACCUGCCUACAACAAGCAAGACUUUGAGUACACCAGAGAGUACCGGUUGACAAUAAAUGCCCUUGCCCAGAAGCUCAAUGCUUAUUGGAAGGAAAAGACAUCCCAAGAGAACUCUGAGACCUCAGCUAUAGCCAGGCCAAUACCGAAAAUUCCUGACCAGACGUGGGUACAGUGUGAUGACUGUCUUAAAUGGAGGAAGCUUCUUGGCAAGGUUGAUCCUUCUACAUUACCUGCAAGAUGGUUUUGUUGCUAUAAUUCCCAUCCAUUGUACAGGAGAUGCUCUGUUCCAGAGGAGCAAGAACUCUUUGAAGACCUGCACUUGAGGAAGAUGAAGAAACAAGAUCAAACUGUUGAGAAGAAGGUGCCAGUGGGAAAUGAGAACUACCAGGUAUUUACUAAUCCACUGAAGAUUGCUCUUGUUCAAGAUAUGGAUGAACUGAAUAAAAAGACAAUUGGAUGUGAGAGAAUUGAUAGCCCUAGCCAGUUUCCAUCUGUUGGAGAAGAAAGCAGAACAUCUCCUUUUCAACUUAAGCCUCUGAGUUCCAGUAUUUUUCAGUUCUCCAGUAAAUACAAAAGAAUGCUGGGUCAGGAACCUGUGGAGAAACGAAGGAGGCUCCAGGAGACGGCAACAACUCCUCUAGAUUACUGCAUGCCUGGCUUUUACAGGAGUGGAGAGGCGACUGUCGCCUACCCUGAAGUGAAGAAGAGCCAAGAUCAAUCCAGUUCUGAGAGAAGCAUACUGCCAUACCUUUACCCAGAAUACCCAGAAGCGAGUAAGAAUACCAGUCAGAAUAGGGAGGUUUCCCAUCUGCAUUCUGGGGCCCAAUAUCAACAGCAGGGGUCCCUGCCCCCUGAAGGAUUAGAUCAGAUGCCAAUAUUGGUAGCAGAAGAACCCAACAGAUGCAGCACCGACACAAGCAAGGAGGAAGUCAACAAGGGACCUUUUGUAGCUGUUGUCGGUGUUGCCAAAGGUGUUAGAGAUUCGGGAUCUCCCAUUCAGCUGAUCCCUUUCAGCAGAGAGGACCUUUCUGAGAGAAGAAAAGCAGGGGAAUCCUGGAGCCUAGUGCCUUAUUCUUCUGUGGACUCUGCUACAGCCAGAGGGGAGAAAGGAAGAGACUGCAAGGACAAUAGAGGCCAUAAUGCGCCAAAGUUGAAGAACCAAAGCGAGAUGGAAGAACUGAAAAGAACCACAAUACAACUGGAACAUGUUUUGGCUGAAAGAAAUUUCCUCCAGCAAAAGGUAGUGGAGCUGGAACAGGAGCGGAAUUACUGGCAUUGUCAAUUCAAGAGAAUCCAACAUGAAUUGGUGAUCUACAGUACUCAGGGGACAGAAGGCUUGUAUUGGAGUAAGAAACACAUGGGCUAUCGCCAAGCUGAAUUCCAGAUGCUGAAAGCUGAGCUGGAAAGAACCAAAGAAGAAAAGCAAGAACUGAAAAAGAAACUGAAGGAGACAGAGACACACCUGGAAGUGCUGCAGAAGGCUCAGGUCUCCUAUCAGACCCCAGAGGGAGAUGACCUAGAAAGGUCAAUUCCUAGGGUUUAGUUACCAGCUUGUGAGUGCUAAUGGGAGCAUCCCUGAGGAUCCCCAGUUCCUGGCUAGCUGCAGAUGAGGGAGGAAGCCUUAAUUAGUCCCUCUGCCACCAAGGAGUGAGGCCUUACUCCUUAGCUGCAGCCAGUCUCCAUGUGCUUGGUGGCAUUUUGCUUUCUUCUUUCUUUCUAGCUAAUGCAAACAUAGUCGUUGAGAAAUAUAGGCCUAUUUUUAAGGAGCUUCAUUGUGUUCUGUUGGCUAGUGACUUCAUGUCAUCUCUUCUCCUGCCCCCUCACUCCAUCAUACAGGGCUUUGGCAAAGCUUACACAGCUGCUUAUCCACGUCAGCUAUCUCCUUACUUCUGUCCUCCCCCACUUGGAGCUUCCUGAGAUCAAGUUUUACUCAGAACAAGUGGAUGGGAUCCUGUAUACAGUUCUGGAGGCAAAUCACAUACUAGAUUGAGCACUAGACUAUAUACUCUUCUACCUUUCUCUGCCCUGCCCUCUCCCCUCUCCUCUUCCUCCCCCCUUCCCCCUCAUUCCCCUCUCCUCCCCUCCCCUCCUGUCUCCUCCCCUCCCCUCUCCUCUCCUCUCCUCUCUUCUCCUUUCCCCUCCCCUCCCUUCCCCUCCCUUUCCCUUCCCUUUUAUUUUCUUUUCUUCCUUCUCUCCCCCACUUGUCUCUCUCUCUCUCUCUCUCACCUUCAUGCCUUAUAUAGAGAAUCUUUGAGUAAACCCUGGCUCUUAAUCAGUCUGCUUCUUACUCAGUUUUGGUGUGGAGAAAGAGGCUGCUUAAAUAGGCUUUCAAGAGUUCCAGGAACAAAAAAGCAAUAGUCACCAAACCAGGUGACCUGAAAGCUUUGACUUUCGUGACUUAAAUACUAGGCCCGUUUCAUAUUUUGUGAAGUGGUUUGUAUUCAUUUAUGUUAAAUCAGUCAGCAAAUAUUGGGUCCAAUGUACUAGGUGUUGUGAGAUAACUUAAGUAUAACUCAUGUUUUCAACCUUCAAGGAUCUAGUUGGAAACACAAGACACACACCAAGUCAACACACAAUUGUUUCUUUAAGUUGUAAGACUGUGACUGAUAUUUUUUCUUUUUCCUAUGUCCUGCCUUUUUCAAGUUUUCUAUAAUAAACGUGUUGUUCUUACAUUGGAAAAAA